AUGUCCCCACCAGCGAACACAGCCAUUCCCUCAAACGUCAUUCAAUCAGCCUCGGUUGCGAACAAGGGUUCUUCUCCUUCGGUUACGAAUGCCGUCGGUCAGCCUAACCAUGACAAAGUCAAGAAUUCUCUGCCACUCUCCUCCGCUUCCCAUGAUGGCUCUCAGGACCUCGAUACAUCGUCUGAUGAGGACGAUAAGAACAAGGAAAAUAUUCCUCCAGGCACUCAUAAUGGACUUCACACGGCCACUCCAACUGCUGGAUCGAAGCGAAAAGGGACAUUUCAAGAAGUUUCAAUCCCAAAGAGAUUAAGGUCGCCUUCAAUCCUUGGACUGCGCCUGCGCCGGGGCGGAGAUGACUUGCUCAAUCAGCCGAUACUAUGA